AGAGCGUGACUGACGUCAGAGGCGCGCGCUGCGAGGGACAGCUGUGUACACAGAAUAGUACAUCCUGACUCUGACGAGAGAAGGUCUGCACCUCUGCACCGGGCCGCCCGCGCUUGCACCGGUCAGCAGCAGCAGCUCUGCGCCGGGCUGUCCGCGCGUCUGUCCGCGGGGACACGGCGGAGGCACACGGGGCUGGAGCUAAUGCGAGCAGCACCGAGAGGCGGUCUUGAAAAUGGAGCAGGGGAAUCUGGGCAGCUCUGGGCCAGGCUCGGUGUCUGUGCUGAAGCGCUUCCAGCAGAGGUACUGGAGGACCAAGCAGAGCCUUAUCACAGUCACGGGGCAGAGGCAGGACGAGCAUGUGGUGGCCUCCGACGCUGAGCUCGACGCCAAACUGGAGGUGUUCCACUCCAUCCAGAGGACCUGUAUGGAGCUGCUCAAAGUGAUCGAGCAGUACCAGAGGAGGAUCUGCGUACUGUCCCAGGAGGAGGCGGAGCUGGGCCGGUUCCUGCGCUCUCAGGCCUCUCAGGACAAGACCAGGGCGGGGAAGAUCAUGCAGGCCACGGGCAAGGCUCUGUGCUUCUCCUCACAGCAGAGACUGGCUCUGCGCACACCCCUAGUCCGGCUGUACCAGGAGGUGGAGACUUUCCGGUACAGGGCCAUCUCGGACACGUGGCUGACGGUGAACCGCAUGGAGCAGAGCCGCACAGAAUACAGAGGGGCCCUGCUGUGGAUGAAGGACGUGUCCCAAGAACUGGACCCGGACACACACAAGCACAUGGACAAGUUCAGGAGGGUCCAGGCUCAGGUGAGGAGCACCAAGAGCAGCUUCGAUCGCCUCAAACACGACGUGUGUCAGAAGGUGGACAUGUUAGGAGCCAGCCGCUGCAACCUGCUCUCCCACCUGCUCACCACCUACCAGACCACUCUGCUGCACUUCUGGGAGAAGACCUCACGCACCAUGGCCGCUAUCCACGAGAGCUUUAAGGGGAGCCACAUGUACGAGCCCGCCAAGGACUCUAAGGACAGGACAGGGAAGAGGCGAAGGAGGACAAAGAGGGCGGAGACACAGGAGGGACACAGCAGUGAGAUGGCAGAUCAGCAACUUAUUUCCCUUGAAAAUGAAAACCUCAACAACACAGGAGAAGAGAAGAACGUAAGUCCAGAUGUGGAGAGUGAGGAGGUGGACAGUGUGUCGCUCCUGAAUGAGAUCCUGGGGUCUCUCAGUUUGGACGGAGGGGACUGGACUCAGACAGUGCAGGAGGGGCCCACGGUGCAGGGUCAUGUGAUGCAGGAGGGCCCCACAGCACAGGGGGACCCCACAGAGCAGCAGCCCACAGCCCAGGAGCCCACAGUGGAGACAGAGGAGUUCUUUUUACCGUCACAGCUGCUGGACCAGAGCCUGUCCACACUGCACACUGCAGACUGGACGAGUGACCCACACCAGUGCAACGAGGAGACAGGACCUGGAGCCAACAAGAACACUGCACCAGCAUCAACAGAUCCCAGUGGACGUCCCAAACAGCUGUCGGCCUGGUUGAACCUGUUUGCCGACCUGGACCCCCUGUCCAACCCAGACGCCAUCGGGAACACGGGGUCCGAACAUGAAGCUCACGAAGCCUAACCCCAUUAACAAGUACUUCAAUAGACAGUACUGCAAACUGCUCACAUGAUCAAAAACCAAGUACUCUCAAAACAGUACUGCGAAAUACUGACAUUAUCUAAUAUCUCACCUUUAAUAAAUACAGUAAGGGGGAGGGGCUACGAUGUAAAAAGCCAUCUGAAGACGUUUGAACAAGUUUGGAUGUUGCAUGGAUAGCCUUGUGUGAUCUGAAAUAUAAACCCUUGAACUUACAGGGAAUCUCAAAAAGUAGCAGUCGCUCUAUAUAUUUUUUUUCUACUAUAUACUCCUUUAAUUGGUUACACUAUUAGAAUUUGGUGAUGUCAAAAAUUUCAGUGUUGUCUAAAAGCUCCUGUGUGUCUCUACUCAUGAUUCUAUUUCACUUUUGGUUAAAUAUAUGAAGAUUGACUCUAUAAUAGUGAAUAAAUACUUUUUUUCCCCCCGCUUUGGCCUCACAGGGGAAGACCAGAGACCACAGGUGCGGGGAGGGGGGUUCAGGUUUCACAUCUGCCAUCUACUGGUAAUAAAAACAAACCCAAUACACCUGCAGAUGGUAGGACAUUAACUUCAAAUUGUAUCAGAUGUUAUGUCCAGAGAGUUACGCUGAUACUACUUUAGCAGUGUCCCCAAAUCCCCAUUAUUAUCGUUACUCAUAAUUACUCAUAAUUACCCAUCAAGCAGGUCUAAAUAUCUGUAUUUGAACAGUUUAAGAGUCAUUUUUACAGUAGAAUUGGCUGCCUCCGUGUUCUUCCGUUGAUGUACGAUGAGGAGAAGUGCAUGCUGCAUGUUUAACUGUACAAUCAUGUUUUUGUGGGUAACAUUUAGAAAAGGAGGAUUUACUCUGAAUAUAAUGCUGCAGAACUGUACCAAAUAUAAUGCCUUACUCCAACCUCAACCUAAACCUCAUUGCACUGGCUUUUUAUAAGUGUACAUACAGUAUUUGAUUGUUUAUUGGUUGUUUUUCAUGUAAUUUCAUCAAUAUUUCAAAGCCAUGUGAUGCUGUUCCUGUACUCCAAAGCAAAAUUGGUGUUAGCAGGGUAAUUUACGCUCAGCUUUGUUCGGUAGCCUCCUCUACUGGCCAUUUAAGGUAAUGACAACAAGAAAAAUGAGGAUUAAUCUGUACUUAAUAGCAAUACCCUCUCAGUACUAUCAUGUGAUUUGGCUUUUUAUAUACAUAUUUUUUAUUAGCAGUAUAUUUUGUAAGCCAGACUUGAGGUUAGAUUUAAUUUUCCUGUAAACUUACUGAAAACAAAGUGACUUGGGGGGGCUAAAAGUAUUACUAGAUUGCCUGCAUUUAGCUACAAUAACAUUAAGAUCAGGUAAUAGUUGCUCUGAGUACAGGAACAGAUCAAAUUCAAUGUAACUUAUGUCCAAAAUAAAAUACAAACAUGUG